AUGGACGCAGCGGAGGUGGAGUUUCUGGCCGAGAAGGAGCUGGUCACCAUCAUCCCGAACUUCAGCCUGGACAAGAUCUACCUCAUCGGGGGCGACCUGGGGCCUUUCAACCCCGGCCUACCGGUGCAGGUUCCUCUGUGGCUGGCGGUCAACCUGAAGCAGAGACAGAAGUGUCGGCUGCUCCCGCCCGAGUGGAUGGACGUGGAAAAGUUGGAGAAGUUUCGAGAUCAUGAACGAAAGGAAGAAACUUUUACGCCUAUGCCCAGCCCUUAUUACAUGGAGCUCACCAAACUGCUGUUGAAUCAUGCUUCGGACAACAUCCCGAAAGCAGACGAGAUCCGGACCCUGAUCAAGGACGUUUGGGACACUCGCAUAGCCAAGUUCCGGGUGUCUGCCGACAGCUUCGUGAGGCAGCAGGAGGCACACGCCAAGCUGGAUAACUUGACCCUGAUGGAGAUCAACACCAGUGGGGCUUUCCUCACACAAGCUCUCAACCACAUGUAUAAACUCCGCACAAACCUGCAGCCUUCGGACAGCGCCCAGUCUCAGGACUUAUAG